UAUUCAUUCAGGGGUUAGUUUGCCUUUAGCAGAUACAAUAUACAUUUUAGAUGUACGCAUUUCUUGUGAUAGUUGCAUUCACAGAAGCCUUAGAUUUUACCUAGACAUAAAACAGACCAAUCAUGUUAUUGGCAGCAGUAAAGGAGUGCUGUAACAAGAUUAUUUCUGUGUGCAUCAGUUCCCCUUUAAAUUAAACCUUAUACAGGGUUUGACAACAUUUCAGAAAUGAUAUACUUUAACUAAUAUGACUAUAUUGAGCAUGAUGAGCAUGAUAUAAUUCCAGUUCAACCCUUAAAACAUUUAUACACCAUAGCAGCACCUGUACAGACCUUGAGUCAGCCAUGGCUGCCUGGGCAUCAUUUUACUUACCCGCCCUUGUGUAGACUCAGCUGUCAUAGUUAUAGUGGCUCUUGUGACUGGACAGUUUCAGCUGUUGUGCCAGUAGGUUUAGAGAAUGAAUCAUGAUUAUUUAAACCUGGAGGACUCUUUCCAGUGUUGUGCCUAACAAAAUGUACACAGUUCACUUCUAGGAUUUAUGUGGACAUGGCAGCAGUGAUGAAGUGUUAUUGUGAUAGUGAUUCUAGUUCAUAGUUUCCCAAACUGUUUCCCCCCUAGGUAGGUACAAGGAAUUUGGAGCAUGGCCUCAGUGAGUUUUGGGGCCACACGGAUAUGGAAAGUAAUGGACUGGACGUUGAUGUACUGACUCGGCCUGCAGACUUGUUGAUCACUUGUACCAAUACAGAGGAUAAUGCUGAUCUGGAUGAUGGGGUUCUCAAGAAUACUGCAAACCAAAUAUCGACCCUCACUGAGCAGUACCAUUUUAUAGAUCAAAGUGGAAAUACCAUCCACUAUGCAAUUCAGGCAGUGCCUGGUGCCAACCCCCAAAUGGAUUUUAUAGUAACUUCCUUUUGCCAUUUGUUGUUGAAGAUGAUCCUUACCAGUGAAUCAGAAAAUGGGCAAGUGUUCCAUGUCAUUCCUUCCAGUCAGUCAGGAACAACUCAGUUUGUUAUUCCACAGGGGCAGGACAUAGAUGAGCAGCUGCAACAGAAUGAAAGCACUGAAAAUCUGCAGGUAGUAGCAGGCAACACUGUGACAGAAAAUGCAGCCAGCUUUAUUAUUCAUUCCAAUGCAUCAAUGGCCAUAUCAAAGAUACCAUCUGAGAGGUCACCUACAGAGUUGUUCCAAAAACCUCUCCUACCACUGCCAACAAACAUUCCUGUUUGGGCUCGUCGUCUCAGGAACUGUGAGAAAAUAGGAGACUCUUACCGUGGUUACUGCUUAAGUGAGAAUGAGCUAAUGAGCAUUUUAGCACUACACAAACAGCAAACACAGAGUGUUUGGGGAACCCGCCAGUCUCCUAGUCCUGCUAAACCAGCUACAAGACUUAUGUGGAAGUCACAGUAUGUUCCAUAUGACGGAAUUCCUUUUGUUAAUGCAGGGAGCAGAGCAAUCGUUAUGGAAUGUCAGUAUGGGCCACGAAGAAAAGGAGCCCAACCCAAAAAGAGCGCUGAGAAUGACAACAUGUCUGGGGGACUGUACAAAGCAACUUGUCCUGCAAGGAUAUACAUCAAAAAAGUAAAGAAGUUCCCUAAUUACAGAGUGCCCACAGAUCCAAAGAUUGACAAGAAACUUAUAAGGAUGGAACAGGAGAAAGCCUUUAAUUUGUUAAAGAAGGAUCUGGAUGGGACAGAUGGAGUUCUCAGGUGGUACAUGCAGUUACCAGAUCAAGAAGCUCAUCAGUAUCAUGAUCUGGAAACUGGUUGCUUUUCACCAUCAACUUUCCAGCCAUCCAUUGAAGAUGAGGAGGAGAUUCUGUGUGACGAGAACUCACAACCCUCACGGCUACAUCCACAAGUAGCAGAAAAAAUCCGUGAUCUGGUGUCCAAAGGUUUGAGUGAGGUUUACUCAGUUAGGAAACAGCUUAGGAAAUUUGUGGAGCGGGAUCUGUUUAAACCCGAUGACAUACCUGAGCGCCAUAACUUAUCCUACUUUCCAACUGUGAAUGAUCUAAAAAAUCAUAUUCAUGAGGCACAGAAAUCUUUGGCAAACGAGGAGCUCAUUUAUGAUGCGGAAACAAUCCCUGAGCCAGUUAGAGAGAUCCAGUGGACUGCUGACAGUGGAAACGUUCUUAAUGAGAUGGUUACUGUAACAUUUGCACCAAUUCAACAGGAAGAACAAGAGACAUUACUGAAAGUGGAGAAUCCUCCCUCAGAGGAUGUUUGCCAAGACACAGCUCAGCUGAUCUCCUCCCUGACCUCACUUCAGCCCAAAAUCUUUGCUCAGCUACAGGGACUCCAGCUGCAACCGUCCUUAACAUCAGUAGAUGGAAAAACUGCUCUUAUCACUGUGAAUCCACCAGGUCCAACCUUUCUACCGGCUGAAGGUAAAACUGCACUUAUUACUGUUAAUCCCGUGGACCAAUCAUUUACAACUUCUGAUGGGAAAACUGCACUUUUUACUGUAAAUCCCCCUGCUCCUUCAUUUACAUCUGCUGAUGGAACUGCUGCACUUAUCACUGUGAAUUCUCCUGCUCCUUCAUUUACAUCAGCGGAUGGGACAGCGGCAUUGAUCACUGUGCAUCCCUCUGCCAUAGGCAGUUCUACAUGCCUGUUGGGAUCAGGAGGAAACAGUCAGCCUUUGGUGGUCAGUCAUUUGCAGAAUGACUCCCCUGUGUCCUCUGUCACUAGUUUACCUGCCUCUGCCCACAACCUAGUCAGUAUGAGCCAGAUUGUAACAGUGGAAGAGGCAAGUGGAAUGGCUGGAGAGGUGCAUCAAAUUCUGCUGGGAGAUAUCCACCCCAUUCCUAUCAGGAUAGUGGAGAACCAACAAACAAUUGUUGAAAUAAAUGCUCCUAAUGCAUUUAGCACAGAGGAUGUUGUAGCAUUAAAUAAAGAGGUGACUGAAGUACAGUUGAGUGCUACAGAAGAUAGUGCCACAGAUCCACAAACCCCUGUGUGAGCAGAAGUUGUUCCCAUCCCCACAUCCCAGGGUGUUUAUUGUGGGACAGAACUCAGUUUGAGCCCUCAUAUUGAGGGAACUGUGCAACUAUAAAUAUACAUCUAUGUUCACUGAGCUUGUAGCUCAAGGAUUCAUACUGGAAAUCUCUGCAGUGAUCCAACUUAAAUGAAGGGACCCUGUUGUAUGAACACUGAAAUACAUAAGUAUAUGCAUCUGCACACAUCAUCAUCUCUACAGGAGGUUUCAUGAUAUUCCAUUCUUACACACUGAUAGGUGGUUGUAUAAAUUAUAGUCCUGGUGACAAUGUGUAAUAUUUUUGCUUUUUCAACUAAAAAGCCUGGAUGAUUUUUGUUAAAUAAAAAUUUAAAGACAAGUUA